UUGCUAACAUUACUCGUAUGAUAUUUGCAGGAGCAAAGCGCAUAGUUCCUUUGGGUCUCGGCGACGAUGACCAAUGCAUGGAAGAUGACUUUACAGCAUGGCGUGAAUUAGUAUGGCCUGAGUUAGAUCAGCUUCUACGUGAUGAAGAUGAUGUGACAACUGGUUCUACUCCAUACAAUGCUGCUGUUUUGGAAUACCGAGUUGUAUUUUACGAUCCUGCAGAUGCACCACUUGAGGAUAAGAAGUGGAGUAAUGCAAAUGGUCAUGCUAUUUAUGAUGCUCAACAUCCAUGCGGGUCUAAUGUGACUGUGAGGAAGGAGCUUCAUACUCCUGCAUCUGAUCGUUCUUGCACCCACCUUGAAUUUGACAUUGCUGGCACUGGACUUUCAUAUGAAACAGGGGAUCACGUUGGCGUUUACUGUGAGAACCUUGAUGAAGUUGUAGAUGAAGCAUUGAGUCUAUUGGGUUUAUCACCAGACACUUCUCUCUCUAUUCAUACUGAUAAAGAGGAUGGUGAGCCAAUUGGUGGAAGCUUGCCUCCUCCUUUCCCACCUUGUACUCUGAGAACAGCGCUGGCACGAAAUGCUGAUCUUUUGAGCUCGCCAAAAAAGUCUGCCUUGCUUGCUUUGGCUGCUCAUGCCUCGGAUCCAACUGAGGCCGAUCGACUAAGACAUCUUGCAUCGCCUUCGGGGAAACAGGAUGAAUAUGCACAGUGGAUUGUUGCAAAUCAGAGAAGCCUCCUUGAGGUCAUGGCUGAAUUUCCUUCAGCUAGGCCUCCUCUUGGUGUUUUCUUUGCAGCGGUUGCUCCAAGGUUACAGCCUAGAUAUUAUUCAAUCUCAUCCUCACCAAGGAUGGCACCUUCUAGGAUUCAUGUAACUUGUGCAUUGGUUUAUGAGAAAACGCCAACAGGUCGUAUUCACAAAGGAGUUUGUUCAACUUGGAUGAAGAAUGCUGUGCCAUUGGAGAAAAUCCAGGACUGCAGCUGGGCACCCAGUUUUGUAAGGCAAUCGAACUUCAAACUUCCUUCGGAUACUAAAGUGCCCAUUAUUAUGAUUGGCCCUGGUACUGGAUUGGCUCCCUUCAGGGGAUUCCUUCAGGAAAGACUUGCCCUGAAAGAAGCUGGCGCAGAACUGGGUCCGUCCGUAUUGUUCUUUGGUUGCCGAAACCGGCAAAUGGAUUACAUUUACGAAGAUGAGCUCAACAACUUUGUGAACAGUGGUGCACUUUCUGAGCUUGUGGUUGCCUUUUCACGUGAGGGACCUACAAAGGAGUAUGUGUAUCAAAGUUGAGGAGUGUUGUG